AUGAUAGAAUCCCGAUUUUUAUCCCACUUGACCUUUCUACUUUAUUAUUUGUCCACUCCCCCACCAUGGCCCCCCAAGCGAAUCCUCUGCGUCGGCCUCUGCAACCUGGACAUCAUCCAAGUGUGCGACGCCUUCCCCGAGGAAGACUCCGACCAACGAUCGCUGCAAAGCCGCUGGCAGCGCGGUGGCAACGCCUCGAACAACUGUACCGUCCUGGCCCUGCUCGGUGCGGACGCUGAGCUGCUGGCGACCUUUGCCGACUCGGACCACUUCCGGUUCGCCGCGGAGCGUGACCUCGAGCGGCGGGGAAUCGCCACCGUCAACUGUGUCCGCCAUGAGGGCUGCGAGAUUCCGCUGUCGACGGUUUGGCUGAGUGCCGCGACCGGAAGUCGUACGAUCGUGCACUCGAAUCCGAACCUGCCGGAACUUACGGUGGAGGAUUUUAGAGGGUGUGAUUUGAGCUUGUACAGCUGGGUGCAUUUUGAGGGCAGACGAACUGCGUCGGAAAUUUCCAAAAUGAUCGCGUCUAUCAAAGAGUGGAACGAUCGUUCGGAGGAGGAAAAGAAAAUCCUAAUCUCUGUAGAUCUGGAAAAGCCACGAGAUUCCAACCUGUUGCUCGUGCCAAAUGUGGACAUCAUCUUUCUUGGCAAAGACUUUGCACGCUUCCGAGGAUUCAACUCGGCGCUGGAAGCGGUUCAUGGUUUUAGAAAGGAAUUUCCCGGAAGUUAUACAAUCAUCUGCCCUUGGGGAAGCAGCGGAAUCGCUGCACUAGAUGCCAACGGCCAAUACCUCAACUGCGGCGUCUAUCCGCCGGAAACGGUGCGCGAUACGCUCGGCGCAGGGGACACAUUCUGCGCGGGAUGCAUCUUCCAGCUGAACCGUGGCAGCUCGCUGCAAGCCGCACUCGAGUUCGGAUCAAAACUGGCCGGCGCCAAGAUCGGUGACUUUGGGUUUGACCAUUUGGGCGGGAAAAUACCCGCCCUUUUGGAGGGUUGUUCGAAGUGAACUGUGUAAAAUAAAAAGUGAGGUUAUACAAUGAAAUGAUUUUUUAUUUGUUUUCACUUUUUUAAAGCAAAUGAACAGGAACAAUCCUCCUUGGUACGAGUUGCCUCA